AUGUGUGAAUCAAAUACUCUCGAUAAGGAAUAUGUACAUAUUGAACAUUGUUAUACAACCAUGAUUGGACCAUCAGACUCUGUGAAUUGUGAAGGAGUGACAAGUUUUUUGUUUGACUACUUUGGUCUGGAACAAAACGAGAUUAGUCUAAGCAAGCUUGGAGAAAAGCUCUAUUACACAAUAACUUUGCCCGAUGGAGAGAAGGCAAUUAGAGAAAUGCAAAACUAUGCUCUCAAGAAACAGUUGGGUUUGAAUUACAUUGCCAACUCCACGCUAAAAUCACCUGAGGAUGGAAUUGGGCAUGAAGAUGACUUAACCUUUUGUUUAUUUGGGCAAAAGUUCACAGUCGACUCGUUCAUAUUUUCAAAUGUUACGUUUGACAGAUUAACAGAUACUGAAGGAACGAGGCUUCUACCAAGAAUAAUACCAACUGUUUUAGACCUCGGAUAUGCAAUAUUUGGAGCCGAGACUGUUUCAGAAAACUUGAUGCGAAAUACUGAUCCUUAUUUUGACGUGGUGAUACCAAAAUUAAGAGAGUUACGAGACCUAAUACAAGAUAUAGAGUCCUCUAUGAUACCUCCGAGUAUUCACAACUUGUGGCUAAAGACGAUACAAUCGCUCAGCUCGUUCACAUCAUCAGACGAACUUUUUUCUUCAUGUGAAAAGUAUGAAUUUAAAACGCUUAUAACUCAAUUUUCAUCGUACUCACAUUUAAAGUAUGAUAGCUCACUAUUCGCAAAACAGCAUAUUGAAACAGAUAUUGAGCCAAUGUCAAUUAAGGAGACGUUCGAUAUUGAUACUGCGGCCUCUGGAUUUAAGGACAUUCAGUUUUUGGUUGACGGAAAUAUGCACUUUUUCAAUAACUUUCUUUCAUUAUUACGAUUUUUGAGAGAUAUGCUUGAACGUGAUGACAUUUUCAACAAAAUGCCAAUUAGCGAGGAGGCUACAGUAUUUUACAACAAUUUUAUCAAGACGAUUCAAGUACUUAUGAAUAUUCACCAAAAACAGUCCAACAAGCAAGCGCUCUCACAACAAGAAAUUGCCUUUCUUUCAAACAUUAUAUUCGCAGAAAAAGAUAUCCUUAACAUAAGUCAGAGGCCUGAGAAUUUGAGACAAGUGCUAGGAGACGCCACUACCUCUCAGAAUUACAGAGUGUUUGGAUGGUAUCCCAACCUCUUUUUCAAGCGUGAUGACGCUGGUCGUUUCAAGCCAAUUGUCAUUGACAUUCACAGAUAUCCAGAUGUGGACAAUGGAGCAAUUCUUUGGGAAGCGGUGGGUGCUUGCCAAUUGUUGGAACUUAUUGAUCACGAGUCUGGUCUCAAGUUUUAUGGACCCAUGUUUACACAGUACGAAUUUGUCACACCCUAUUCUACCACCCUGAAUAAUGCAACAUGGAAAACCAAGUUGAAAAAUCCCAAACUCGAAUGUAACGUAUGGAUGUCAAGUCUCAGUUCUGAUGCUUGCUUGGGAGCCAAUUUCAUUGGAUAUUCUAGGCUGGACCAUUUCACAUGUGCCGAUUAUACAACUCAGUCUCAAACUCCAUCCGUGAUCAAUGGCAACAACUCUUCACCCAGUAGUCCAAAGGCACAGAGAAUGCAGUAA